UUGGUUUUGAGUUCAAACCAAAUUGUUAGUUACCUGGAAAUUUUCUAGCUAAAACGAUAAACCCAACCCAAUUGGAAUACAGACAAAAAAACGGGCAGAGCAUAGAGCUCUGGGAUUAUUUGGUGGGACUAGAGGGUAGAGGUAGUUGACAACGAUGUAUGUAUGUAAGGGCAUACUUAAGUAUGGUAGGUAUAAAGAGAACCGAAGACCUGGGAACGGGAGAGAAGCGAUAAUUAGGCUGUUAUCUGAUGAUAGCCAUAGGCUUUGCCGUUGGCACUGUCAUAUCCAGCGGCACUUGCAAAUGGCUAGUCGAGCUGGUUGGUUUCGUGGUCCGAGCCUGUUGCUCGCCCUCUUGCUGCUCGGCACCGUGCUGGGUCUCUAUAAGCUAAGCCGUUCCCCGUUGGUCAAUCAAUAUGGCGUACUUCAAGAUUAUUUAGAGAGCAAUCGACCAGAAACUGAAUCUCUGGCCACUGGCACACGCAGCAUAUUGCUUUGGAGUGAAUUCUUUGGCGAUCCGCGUUGGAGUCUGCCAGGCGACACAUUGGGAACUCAAGAUUUUCGCGACGAACUCAAGUGCCCGGUUUAUCAGUGUGAACUGACUAAUAAUCAUGAUUUUCUACCCAGUUUGGAUAUGUACGAUGCGAUCGUUUUUCAUGUAGCCGAACCAUUUCCAUUCCUCGAAUCCGUUCCAUCCAGGCGUCGACCUCAACAGACCUAUGUGUUUGCCACCAUGGAGUCGCCCGGCGAGACAAAGCAUCAGUUGAGCAAUGAGCAGAAUUUCUAUAAUCUCACCAUGACAUAUCGUUUGGAUUCGGAUAUUGUAUGGCCGUAUGACCAUUUCAUCGAUAAGGAGACGCAGGCAAUUGUCGCCCCAAAGAGACAACCAAAUUGGCGCAAACCACCGAUCUCUGGCUGGAAUGAUACCCAAGUGUGGAAUCUUUGGCCAGGUAAAACAAAAAUGGUCACCUGGUUUGUCUCUCACUGCCCAACGCUGUCCAAGCGUGAGGAUUUGGCCAAGGCCCUGCAGGCAUAUAUCGAGGUGGAUAUCUAUGGGAAGUGUGGACCGCUUAGCUGCAAACGAGGUGAUCCACGAUGUGAGGAAAUGCUAGAUACCGAUUACAAAUUCUAUUUGGCAUUUGAGAACUCCCUGUGCACUGACUAUGUAACGGAGAAACUGUUUGGAGUACUGCAUCGUAAUAUCAUUCCCAUUGUGUUUGGUGGUGUGGAUUACGCAAGAUUUUUACCACCACACUCGUACAUUGAUGCCAAUCAAUUUGAUACUGUGGAACUAUUGGCCGCUCAUCUAGAGUUUGUGGCCAGCAAUGUGGAGGAAUACAUGAGCUAUUUCUGGUGGCGAGAGUACUACGAAUUGGCCACAUUUAGUCCAUUUUGUGAACUCUGUGAACACUUGCAUAGACCCGGCGGAAGGCACAGGAUGCAAGUCUACAACGAUAUUGAGGCCUGGUGGUUCAAUAGUUGUCGUUUCAAGACCCAUAUACAAUUUGCCGCCAGCCAGACACGAGACUGAAAAGGAUAGAGAUAGAGUGAAUUAGAGCAACAUGGCAAUAGUGAACUAGACUAUCUAGUAUAUAUGUACAUAUGUCUGUAUGUUGGUCUAUUAUAGAACUAUACAUAUCAUUCAUUUUUUUCCAUGUGCUAUGACUUAUAUUCUGAUGAGUCAAUUCCUACUGUACCUCAAUUGUUAUCAAUUGAUAGAUAACUAUAUGCUAUAAUUAAGUAAAUAUUGUAUUUAUUUAACUUAAAGAUAAGCCAAUACUUUAUCUCCACAAAAAAGUAUACAAAAUGAUUUCAAGUUUUAAGAAAUAUAGAGUAGUUAAAAGUA